GCAGUAUGACCUAUUUUAUUGAUGGACUGUAUACCAGCGUGUAUACUGUGCAGCCUAGGUGAUGCAUUAUUGUUAAGAGUUGUUAGUACUGAUAUAUAGGCAGUUCAUCAUUGCAGUUAACAUAUUACAAUACAAUCACAACAUUGAAUAAUCUGCAGUUUAACAUGGACUGAUGAGGAUCCCAACCGUUUGCAAGUUAGUCUGCUUGUGAGCUACAUAGACCCUCCAUGCUAUCGCUGGUCACGCACAGACUUACUGGAUACGUAAAUCCUUGCGUCGGUUCGUCCGUGGCACGAUUCUGUACCAGCCGUGCCAGAAUGGCCAAGAGCAAGUUUGAGUACGUUCGCAUCUUUGAAACAGAUGACACGUGUUUGCGAAACUGCUACAUUGUUGUACGACUGGAUGGACGCAACUUCCACAAGUUUGCGGAGCAGCACAAAUUCGCCAAGCCCAAUGACGACAGAGCGCUGGGCCUGAUGACACGCAGCGCUCGCUCAGUCAUGGAGGAGCUGGAGGACAUAGUUCUGGCCUACGGACAGAGCGAUGAGUUCAGUUUCGUGUUCAAGAGGACCUCCAACUGGUUCAAGAGGAGAGCCAGUAAGCUGAUGACCCAUGUGGCGUCCCAGUUCUCCUCCUCCUAUGUGUUUUACUGGAAGGACCACUUCGGGGAAGAGCCCCUCCUCUACCCCCCCGGCUUCGAUGGCAGGGUGGUCCUGUAUCCUAGCAACCGUAACCUGAGAGACUAUGUGAGCUGGAGGCAAGCCGACUGUCACAUCAACAACUUGUACAACACAGUGUUCUGGACCUUGGUUCAGAGGGGCGGGCUCACAACAGUACAAGCAGAGGAGAGCUUAAAGGGAACGCUGGCUGCAGAUAAGAACGAGAUCCUGUUCUCCGAGUUUGACAUCAACUACAACAAAGAGCCUCUGGUGCACCGGAAGGGCACAGCGCUCAUCUGGGAGAAGCACGAAGAGACAGUCACCAAACGGGUGAAGCUUCCGAACGAGGAGGAGGAGAAGGAGGUGCUGGUGGUCCGCCCCCGGAGGAGGGUCCACGCCCACCACUGUGACCUCAUAGGGGAGGAGUUCUGGGAAGAGCAUCCUGACAUCCUGGAGGACGACGGCUGCUGACCAAUCACACGGCAGGGCUCAGACCAAUGGGAGGGGCGCUGGUGAGGGACACGCCCAGAGAGGGUGUGGUGGACACCCUGGGCGGUACUGGAACCCAGAGAGUCUAAGUCUGGACUGUGUCUCCGUUGACUGAUUUGUCACCUAUGCAGCAUGCUUGGAGAUAACACCAGUCCUGUACUGAUCUCUGUGUGGAGAAAGCCACAUCAUGUACGAAGCCUUUACGAUAACGCCUGGUCAGAAGUAUUGGACUGAAUGGACAUUCAUUGAUAAUGAAUCCCUCCAUGAAUCUGCCUGUUCACUGGAGCAACCCUCAAGUCAACAGGCUUUCAAGUUAGCACCAGAAACCCCUCCAUGCUGCUCCAGUUAUUAAAGUGUUUGAACACCAUUCAGUUGUGUUGUCCUCUUUUGCUUUUAAACCAUCCUUAUCGAGAUCAAAGCCGUUCUGUUCACCCGGGUUCUGCACUUAAGGUUGAACCGAGUUGGGAAACAGUUUCAAGUGGUGGAUGGUCUUGCUGUUGGUGUUGAAGAGAUGAGAGUAUGCCAGUUAUCUGCUGAGGGCUGGGCUAGGCUCCCACUGUCAGGCAUCUGCCUGAUACUUACUGUAAACCACACACCCCUCUCUCUCUGUUAAAGAGGAUGGUGUGGCUGUGGCUUUUAACGGAACGACAUGCAAAUCAAUACCUGGUGUUCAGAGUCUUCUUGUCUUCCUGUCUGGUUCCUUUUGACUGUGCCUGCUCGGUCCCCAGCUCUAAGAAUAUCCCAUGCACUGCAUCCCCCUGACCCUGGCUGUGUGCGGGUGUGUGGGUGACAUUUC